AUGUACAUUCCGCUGGAGCAGGAAAACCAGCCAUCUUCUUCGAUCUUCGAAUGGAUUUACGAAUUUUUCGUCGAUUCGCUAUGUACGUUUGGCUGAAAUUUUUGCAGAUUUUUUAGGGAAAAAUUUCAGACGAAUAGGCAGCCAUUUAAAGGGAGAAAAUGGUCAAAUUAAAAUUUAAAAUUUAAAAUUGCCCAUUUUCCAGUGUCUCCUUCGUAUGACAGCGAAACCGGCGAGCACAACACGACGAACGACGUACUUUGUGCGAAUUGUAUCGGAAAUCGCAACAGUUUGGGUUCGUUUUCUCGAUUCUCGACGAUUCGGUCUAUUUUGCUCAGACAUACCGAUUUUUCAAAAAGACUGACAAGUUUAGGGACAUUCUGAAACAUAAUCGAACCGGUUUUGGCGCCUUUUCCUGUUGAAUGGAUAUUAUCAGACUUGCAACGGGCCGGGCCGGGCCGGGAGGAUGCACCUAAAAAUUCAAAGCGAACUAGAACUUCGAAACGAACAUAAUUUUCAUUGUAAAAACCAGCAGAAAUAGAAAAAAAGACGAAAAAGGCAAUGUUAUAGCAUAAAAACCUGUUAGAAAAUAGAAAUUGCUGUUUAAAGUCGCAAAAUUUUCACAAAAAUUACGAAAAUUUUCUCAAGAGUGGGCGGAGCGAUUGAUUGCAACUCUGGCACGCCAUUUUAGCAAUUUUGCCGCACGCGUUUUCCUCUUCUUCAUAUUUUUUUUGCAUAUUUUUUUUGAGGUCUAACUUCCGGGCCGACCGGGCCGAGCCGGGCUGACGAUUUGCUGGCCCGGCCCGGGAUUUGGCAAGUCUGGAUAUUAUGGUUCUAGAAAGUUGUGCACGUAAUCUUGACGUGAGGUACUACUUUUUUGUAUAGUUGACACUUUUGCAGUGCCAUCUUUGCGGCGCUACAGUACUCCAGCGCGUGGGCGUAGAGAAAAAGUGUCAACUACAAAAAUGGUCUACUAGAUGUCAAGAUUAUGUGCAAAUGUUUUUGGAGCCAAUAUCCAUUUUUAAUAGGUGUAAUUGGCUUCGCAUUAUCGAAAGUUGACUUUCACAACUUGCUGAAACAUCAAAUAUUGUACGACUAUCGAAAUUUUCUUGAAAAACGUGCUGAUUGGAAUUUAUCAAGUUGUAUUACGCGCUCCACCGCACAUCAUCAAAAAAAAAGUGACAACACGCCAGAAACAUUUUUUUUUGCAGCUUGCAUCCGUUCGAGUAUUGUCGCCCUGCUCGGCAUUUGUACGGCCGUCAUGUGUAUGGCACGGAUCGUCAAAUUGCACGCCACGUCACAGUCGCAACUCAUGCUCCUUCUCUAUUAUAUUCUCGCCGUUCACUGCUUCGGAGGGUCGGUUUCUGUUUAUUCUCUUCAAAUCGAUCACCUCUUUCUUUGUCAGCUCGUUCGAAUGGCUGAUCGGAUGGAACACGCAAAUCUCGCUGUUUCUCUCGUACACAAAAGCCGUCUGCCUUCUGAUCGUCUGCUAUUUCUACCUGGACAUCGCCUCCUCGAUGAUGCACUGGAGUUCGCGCGCCGGAAAACGACUGUGUUUCGUCGCGCUCUUCCUCCUUUUCACCUAUUUCAGCGCGUUUCUCGUGAUGGGCUACGUGCUCGCUUCAAUUGAGCCGCGAUUGGAUUGUAGAGGUUCGGUUGGUGUGCUCAACGCAAGAAUUUUUAUCUUUUUUAGAAAAUUUUUUCAUGAAAUGUGAUCAACUGACGAAAUGUAUCGCAAAGUGAACUGUGCUCAUAGAAAAAUAAUUGUAAAUUUAACUUUUCAUACAAAAAAGUUAUUCGAGUUGUUCCGUAAAAAAAGGGCUAACGGAAGAUGGAAGGAAUAACUUUUUUGUAUGAAAAGCUAAAUUCACAAUUAUUUUUCUAUGAGCACAGUUCACUUUGCUAUACAUUUCGUCAGUUGAUCACAUUCCAUAAAAAAAUUCUAUAAAAAAGAUAAAAAUUCUUCCGUGUUCUUCUUCCGCUCAACUCUGGUGUGCAAGUGCGCUCUAUUGGACGCUGUUCAUUUUAAGCGGAAACCCGACGAAAUUGAGUGAGAUUUGAAACAGUGAAAACCUUAUUAUUUUUGAAAUUUUCCACAAUUUUCACCGGUUUCUGGCUCAAAAUGAGCGCAAAAAACGUGUGCAGUGGGGAGCACUCAUUUUCAUUUGAAACCGCGAGCAUUUCAGCGCCCUACUGGAUCUGGUUCUCGACGGGCGAGUUUGUGAUCGUCCAAAUGACGCUCGUCUCGUUCUGCAUGAUUCUGCGACGGAUGAACCGAAUUUCGGCGCCGCUGCAAAUGCGAUCCGCGCAGCGUCGCGACGUACUCGUUCUCAUGUGGGCAUUUGAGACGGCGACGUUCUGCGACCUCGCCUACCACGUCGGCAUGUUCAUGCUCGCCGACAGCACCUCGAAAAACAGUUGCUCCGCGAUUUUUGAUCACGAUCAAAUUCGCUACAGUAUGCUCAAAGCGCCGUACGAUUUGGUGUCGUUCGUGAUGCCCGCGUGGGCCAUUUUGUACGUGUUCCGAACGAAGACGAAACCGCGGUCGGAUAGUGAAGAUUCCGGAGAGGUUAGUGAAAGAAAUAGGGUCCGAUUCUGAAAAUCUAGGUCGGGAUGAGAGUUGAGCGCAAGAACUCAACGGAAGAAUUUUUAUAUUUUUUAGAAAAUUUUUUCAUGGAAUGUGAUCAACUGACGAAAUGUAUAGCAAAGUGAACUGUGCUCAUAGAAAAAUAAUUGUAAAUUUAGCGGUUCAUACAAAAAAGUUAGGGCUAACGGGGAAGACGGAAGGACAUUUUCACGCAACAAUUCGAAUAACUUUUUUGUAUGAAACGGUAAAUUUACAAUUAUUUUUCUAUGAGCACAGUUCACUUUGCUCUACAUUUCGUCAGUUGAUCACAUUUCAUGAAAAAAUUUUCUAAAAAAGAUAAAAAAUUCUAGUCAGGAUCCAACAACAAAAAAAAACCGAAAUUUUGCAGAGCUCGACCGCCUCGACGUGGUCCUCCUCGCAUUCGCGCAACAACGUGCGCAUCGCCGACGUGGUGACGGUGCGCAACUGGCGCCGACGCUACCGUCCGCUGCGUCAGCCGUCCGCCUCGGAACGUCCGGUGCUCCACUCGCAAUGGCGCCAGAAUCGCGCGAAUACCGGCGGAUCGCCGAACGGACCGCCGCCGCCGCCGGCCACGCCCGCGCCCACACUAACGCAGCCACGUCUGCGAACCGUCUCGUCGGCGCCAAUGAUCCGCCGAAUGUCCGUGUCGCACUCGAUCGUCAGCUCGCCGCUCUACAGUAUUCCGGAAGAGUAUCAGGUUUUGGCAACUACUGCAUAGAAUCUCACAAUAUUUUUUGCUCGUUUCAGGGCUCUCCUCAAAUGAUCGUCGGCUCUCUGGACACGUUCUCCACUGUACCGCUUUUGGAUUGA